UUUCCUGACCUGUGACGUCAGAGCGACGCGAAGAACCCGUAUAUAGAGAGUAGUGACGCCUGACGUCAGUUGUCUUCAGUGCGGUAUAUGUAAUGGAAAAAUGGCCUCGCAGGAGAAAGACGAUGAGCAGUUGGCGAGAUCUGAUAGUUUCCGUCUAGCUGUAACCCCAAGUAUUCCAGACGAUGGUAAAACACCUGAUGGGAAGCCGAAAAUUCUAAAAAAGGCCAUGGGAAAAGACAAGAAAGGAAAGCCGGACCUGGAUGAGCUCAAGCAGGAGGUUGACAUGGAUGAGCACAAAAUCAACAUAGAAGAAUUGUAUGCUAGACUAGGAACAAAUCCAGAAACCGGUCUCACUGCCAUGCAAGCCCGUGAAAUUUAUGAAAGAGAUGGUCCAAAUGCUUUAACGCCCCCUAAGAAAAUCCCUGAAUGGGUGAAAUUCUGUAAGCAGCUGUUUGGGGGUUUUGCUCUUCUACUCUGGAUAGGUGCAGUUCUAUGUUUUAUUGCUUAUUCAAUUCAAGUAGGAACUUCAGAAGGUAGUGUUGAAGAUAAUUUAUAUUUAGGUAUUGUCUUAGCCACUGUUGUAAUAGUUACUGGAUGUUUCUCAUAUUAUCAAGAAGCUAGAAGUUCUAAAAUUAUGGAGUCUUUCAAAAAUAUGGUGCCUCAGUAUGCUACAAUUAUCAGAGAAGGACAAAAACAUACGUUGCCUGCUGAAGAUGUUGUCGUGGGUGACCUGGUGGAGGUGAAGGGAGGUGAUCGUGUGCCUGCAGACAUCAGAGUCAUUUCUGCUCAAGGUUUCAAAGUCGAUAAUUCUUCCUUAACAGGGGAGUCUGAACCUCAGACUCGUUCUCCCGAGAUGACCAAUGAAAAUCCCUUAGAAACACGAAAUAUAGCCUUUUUCUCUACAAACUGUGUGGAAGGUACUGGUAGAGGUAUUGUCAUCAACACUGGAGAUCGUACAGUAAUGGGACGCAUUGCUAAUUUAGCAUCCGGUUUGGAGAUGGGUGACACACCCAUCGCAAGAGAGAUUGCCCACUUUAUCCAUAUCAUCACUAGCGUGGCCGUUUUCUUAGGUGUUACAUUCUUCGUUAUAGCUUUCAUCUUGGGUUAUUAUUGGUUGGAUGCUGUUAUAUUUUUAAUUGGAAUUAUUGUUGCAAAUGUACCUGAAGGUCUUUUAGCUACUGUUACAGUAUGCUUGACCUUAACUGCCAAAAGGAUGGCUUCCAAAAACUGCCUUGUGAAAAACUUGGAAGCUGUGGAGACUUUAGGAUCUACUUCGACCAUUUGUUCUGAUAAAACAGGGACCCUCACACAGAAUCGUAUGACUGUUGCACAUAUGUGGUUUGAUAAUCAAAUCAUUGAAGCUGAUACUACAGAAGACCAAUCGGGAUUGCAAUAUGAUAAAACUUCAUCUGGUUGGAAAGCUCUGUCACGUGUUGCACGCCUGUGUAGUAGAGCAGAAUUCAAACCUGGCCAAGAAAAUGUUCCUAUCUUGAAACGUGAAUGUAAUGGAGAUGCAUCAGAAUCGGCUAUACUGAAGUGCAUGGAAUUGGCCACUUCCAAUGUGGCUGCCUAUCGAGAUCAGAACCGUAAAAUCUGUGAAAUUCCCUUCAAUUCUACUAACAAAUACCAUGUGACGAUCCAUGAAAUAGACGAUUCAGGGACUACAAGCUAUUUACUGUGCAUGAAGGGUGCUCCAGAGAGAGUGCUCGAUCGAUGUUCCACGAUUUACAUCAAUGGUAAAGAGAAGGUUCUAGACGAUGAGAUGAAAGAAGCUUUCAACAAUGCAUAUCUAGAGCUAGGGGGACUAGGGGAGAGAGUUAUAGGUUUCUGUGAUUUUGUCUUGCCAACGGAACAAUAUCCUGCUGGCUACCCUUUUGAUGGAGAUUCACAAAAUUUCCCCAUUGAUGGUCUCCGGUUUUUAGGUCUCGUAUCCAUGAUUGAUCCUCCACGAGCCGCUGUGCCAGAUGCCGUUGCCAAGUGCCGAAGUGCUGGAAUCAAAGUUAUUAUGGUCACUGGUGACCACCCAAUCACUGCCAAAGCCAUUGCAAAAGCUGUUGGAAUCAUAUCUGAAGGAAAUGAAACUGUUGAAGACAUUGCUCAGAGAUUGAAUAUUCCAAUUGAUGAUGUUAAUCCAAAUGAUGCCAAAGCUGCUGUUAUUCAUGGUUCAGAAUUGAGAGAUAUGGCACCAGAUCAAAUAGACGACAUUUUACGCAAUCAUACCGAAAUCGUAUUUGCCAGAACCUCACCCCAGCAGAAACUAAUCAUUGUUGAAGGUUGUCAGCGGCAGGGGGCAAUUGUUGCAGUAACAGGAGAUGGUGUGAAUGACUCGCCUGCUUUGAAGAAAGCUGAUAUUGGUGUUGCCAUGGGAAUUGCUGGAAGUGAUGUGAGUAAACAAGCUGCUGAUAUGAUUCUGUUGGAUGAUAAUUUUGCUUCAAUCGUUACUGGAGUCGAAGAAGGUCGACUGAUAUUCGAUAAUUUGAAAAAAUCUAUCGCUUAUACCCUCACGAGUAAUAUUCCUGAAAUAUCCCCAUUCUUGCUGUUUAUUUUGGCUGACAUACCUCUGCCCUUGGGAACAGUUACCAUUCUAUGUAUAGAUUUAGGAACAGAUAUGGUGCCAGCUAUAUCACUUGCUUACGAAACUGCCGAAAGCGACAUCAUGAAGCGUCAACCUCGAGAUCCUCAAAAAGACAAAUUGGUGAAUGAACGGUUAAUAUCAAUGUCGUAUGGCCAGAUUGGGAUGAUGCAGGCAGCUGCUGGUUUUUUCACUUAUUUUGUGAUAAUGAGUGAGAAUGGUUUUUGGCCUGGAAGGCUGUUGGGACUGAGAAGAGAGUGGGACUCUGCAGCUGUCAAUGACUUAACUGACUCUUACAAUCAAGAAUGGACAUUCAAAGAUAGGAAGAUUUUGGAAUACACUUGCCAUACUGCUUUCUUUGUUUCAAUUGUGAUAGUCCAGUGGGCAGAUUUAAUCAUCUGUAAAACGAGAAGGAAUUCCGUUUUACACCAAGGAAUGAGGAAUCAUGUAUUGAAUUUUGGCUUAGUAUUUGAAACUGCUAUGGCAGCUUUUCUUUGUUACACUCCAGGAAUGGAUAAAGGUCUUAGGAUGUAUCCUCUCAAAUUCAAUUGGUGGUUACCAGCAUUGCCCUUCUCCCUUCUCAUAUUUGUGUAUGAUGAAGUGCGAAGAUAUAUAUUGCGCAGGAACCCUGGCGGAUGGGUAGAGAGAGAGACUUACUAUUGACCUGCUUAUUACUGUGUUAAGGACAUUAUGACAGAUUUCUCAUUUGAAUUGAAGCUCCUGCCAAGAUACGGGUGCAAAAGCUUCCACAUAAAAGUACUAUGCGAGAAAUCUGAAAAAAGGGAUGAUAAGAAAGUUUUUUUUUAGUUUUUUUUUUUUUUUAAAUUUUUAUUUUGUGACAUCCAAUUGGUGUAUCUCGAAAGCUCUUCAGAAAAUCGUAAAUGUACCUUAACUAUUUUGAAUAGUAGGAACAAGUAAAUUAGAAGAGGAAGAAAAAAAAUUAAUUGAUAUUUGUAACCAUUUUACUUUUAAAUCUGCAUUCUUUAUUUAAUUUUUUUAUAUAUCUAUAUAUAUAUAUUUAAAAAAUGCUUUAUUAUUGGAUUUUAUAAUGUUGCCAAAUUAUACUGUAGAGCUGAGUGCAUUUUUUGUUAUUAUUUUAAUUUUAUAGUGUUUAUUUUAUUCUUAAAUAGGUGAAACUUUUUAAACAUUAUCAUUUUUAACAUUUUACUAUGGUUAUUGUUAUGUAGCUAAAAUUAUCAUCUGUGCUCUAGCAACUAUCUAAAUUUAGCUUUUAUGUGAACUUGUGUAGUUUCAAUUUUUGCCAUUUGCAAAAGAAUGACUUUACAAUUAUACAAUUUUCAAAUUUAUUCUACUCUAAUUGAAAUUUCGAUCUUUUUACAAACAUCUAUUUACAUCAUCUUAUCUAUAAAUGGCUCAAAUACUUUGCUUCCUCUAAAAAGUAACGUUUUGAAGAAUUUCAAAUAAAGAACAAAUUAUUGCACAAUUAUUUGCAAAAGAAAACAAAAUUUACAUUAUAUUUCUAAGAUCUUUAUACACUUAGUAGACAUAAAUGAGUAAAACUCUCACUUUCACAAUAUUUUUUACGAAUAUAUAUAUAUAUAAUGCAUUGAAACAAAAUUCUAACUGCACAGUCGACUCAAAAAGCUGACAACCGCAGGUUGGUUUUUUAUAGACUAUUCUCUUUUGAUCAAUCUUUAAAAAAAGAAAAAUUUUCUUCAAUGUCGCUCAGUUUUUUUUUUCUUCCAUUUUUUUACAGUAGUUUAUUUGCUUUCAUAUAGAAUUGGGUGGAAUAAAUUGUCACAAUUAGAUGUUUUUGCACUUAAAUAUUUACAGUUUUUAGAAAAGUUUUUUUCUUUGAAUAUGAAGCUUUACUAUUUUGAAAUUAUAAGGAAAGAAGUAUGAUAGUUGCCUUAAACUUGUGUCAUUACUUUAAUGUUGUGUGAAUCAUGCCACUCAUAUAUGCAUAUUCAUAUGUGUAUAUUUUAGGCAGUUCAUAUAAAUCAGGCAGAGGAGAAAUCUGAAAAUAUAUUUAAUCCAAUCAUUGGUGUGGUUUUUUUUUUGUGUUGUGUUUUGUAUUCUUUUACUUAAUCUCACUUAAGAAUCUCUGAAUGAAAUUUGAAACAUAAGUGCAUUUAUUUCUUUUUCACCAGAUUUCUUUCUUUUUUUAAAAAAGAAAAAGAAAAUUGUGUUAAUUGUUUCUUGUUAUUUUAUACAAUUAUCCCCUAAAUGCCAAAGGUUUACUUUUCGAUAAAACUGUUACGUAAUUUUUUUUAGUAUUUUUUACUAAUUAAAGAUAAUGUAAGAAAAAUAAUUAUCUUAGACGUUUUACUUUACUUAUUACUCGUUUUGUGUUUAAAACAAAACCUUUGACAUUAUUGGACCAAUUGGAUGAAUCAAAACCUGUUCACCCUGGGCCUUAUUACCUAGCAGCUAUAACAGGUUUAAAUUCUGUUAAACUUUUGGCAUUUAGCCUACUUGUGUCAGUGUUUCAUCAAGAGUAGGAAUCCAUUCCAUGACGAAAUAUUUCAGGAAGAAAGCUCUUUGCAAUCACUGAUUCCAGUUAUGAUGAAAUGCAAUGACUUUAUCCUUCAGAGACAGUUCAAAUUAUAUUUUUGUUAUACUGUUAUUGGCAUAGAGUAAGUAUAUACAUGUAUGUAGAGUGGCUCUAUAAAAAGUGACCCCAACAGACGUCAUGUGACUUCAGAUGCUCAGUUUUGCUUUGAAUAAUUUCCACUCUUUGUUUUCUGUAACUAAGAACUUUUUAAAAAAUAAAAAAUGUCUGUUUAAGAUUAAUAAUUCUGUAGAUCUAUUAAACUCAUUUUAAAAAAGAUAGAUUUUUAGAGGUAUGUUUUAAUUAUUUACAACUUAUCUAUUGGUGUGAAAUCAGGUAGUAAAAGUUAUCACAUAAUUCUUAUUACCUUGUGUGGAGCAUUUGAUUUGCGACUCCAAAUAUUCUUUGCUUUUAGUUCUGAUUACAGGGAACCUUGAAUCUAAUGACUAUGGAUUUUAUUGCUCACUACAUACAGUCUAUGUAUUUUUAUUUUGACUAUAGAAUUACAGAUAGCUUAGACUUUCAUUUUUAUGUGCUUUAAUUCUGUCCAAAAAAUUAUUGGCAACUUUUAAAAGCUGUGGAAUAGUCCAUUUUGUUGCAUUGUGUAAUUUUGACUACAAAAAUAAGGACAACCUUGUAUUAUGUAUUUUAAUUUUGGCUGCAGUUUUGCAGACAGCCAUCCGACUAUAGAAUUACAGAUAGUUUUGACGCUAUGUGUUUUUAUUCUGAUUACUAAAUUAUUGGCAGCUUUAAGAAACUGUGGAAUUGUCCAAUUUGUUUAACAGCCCUUUAGCUUUAAUAAACUUUUUUUUUUUUUACUAAAUUUGUAAAUGACUGCUUGUUUCUACUAACUUCUUGCAGUUCGGAAUUAAACCCUUAUUGAUUGGGAAAAUUAAUUCAUAUACUUAGAAAUAAUCUUUUGGGUGUUUCUAUAAAAUCUAAUCUUUAUGCAAUUUUGAUGUAAGUGUAUUUUAAUGUUUGGAAAUAUUUAGCUGAAUAAAUAUAUGUGUUUAAAUUCUUUGUACAUUUCUAUCAAAGUUUAAAAUGAAUUAAGUUUUAUUUUUCCCACCAUUUUAUUAUAAUGUUAAAAUAUCAUUGUAUUCUUUUCAAACUCUCGUUUGUGUGUAGUCAUUUGUUUACUUUCAACUGUACAUUAGAAUGAGUCAAUAUAUUUAGUAAAUGAAGACAAUCGAGUCACAUGACCACUCUCGUUAGUAUUGGGGGCAAUGGCUGAUGACUCCUUCUGCGUUUACUAUGCUUACUCUAUGGUUAUUGGUAUGUUAUUAGAUAGGUUUUUUAAUAUGUUAUAAUUCAAUUGCAAUCUGAUUUACUCUGAAAAACAAAUUUCUUUGUUUGUUUCUCUUUUUAUAUAUUGUUGAUAAUGUUUCAAUUUUGUAUAUGUUUAUCGAUAUCAAUCCACCGGCUUCUGUUUCAUAAAAUUAAGUUUGUGGUUUUGAUAUUCAUUUGUUUUUUUUUAUUAAUUGUAGCUUUAUAUAAUUUAAUAGUAUUUGAAUAUUUAAGGAAAAAUAAAGAAAGAAGAUAUUUUUUAAAGCAUCUACUUUUAUCUGAAAUGUGUAUUCUUUGCUCACAGAUGUUUGAGGUUUAAAAGCCUUGUAUUGUUUUUUCUUUGUUAAAAAAAAUACUUUUAAAACAAGUUGCAUUUCUGAUGAAUUUUAAUAAAGUGUGUGCACUGAAAAUGUAAUGUUUUUUAUUUUAUUUUAUUUUUCAUUGUAUUUCAUGUUGAAUUGGAAGGAUGCAUAUAAAUAUAUAGCAAUAAAAAAAAAAGACUGCUGCUGUAAUUGGUAGAAAUGAGAAAUCACUAUUGCUAUAAAAAUUAGUUAUACGAUGUGAUUUAUGAUUAAGGCUUGAUAUUCCUUAAACAUGUAAAUUAUUUACUCUAAUCAAUGAAAAAUAAAUACAGUUUCUAUUUUU